CGGAUCCGCGCGCACCUGACAGGAAAGUCGCGCGAUCGCUCCCGCUGUCAUUCGUCGCGUCAUCGCUCCGGGACGCGGAUCGAUCAACGGAAUCGACGGUGCGGCCGUAGCGUUUAGUCGGGCAGCUCUCGCGACGUUCACUCGGCGGACGCACGAUACCGUGAAAUCGCCGCACGGCCGUUCGGUUGAAUUCACGCGCCUCGCUGGACUCUAACCUCAACGGCAGCGUGCGACUCGACCCUCGGCAGUGGCGCUUUUUUUCCUUUUUGUUUACGAGGAAUAAUAUUUCCGAGCCCGUGACUUUGGCGAGCAACAUGUCGACUCAUCGAUCGAGUUCCCACAAACGUGUGGAAGAGCGAUACGACGAUAUAAUAAAAUCGCAAAAUGACGACCGAUUGUACAGAGGUUUAGUGCUUGCUAAUAAAAUGAAGGUUCUUUUAAUAAGUGACUCAACAACGGACAAGAGUGCUGUCGCAAUGGACGUUAAUAUCGGCUAUAUGUGCGAUCCAGACGAUCUACCGGGACUAGCACACUUCUGCGAGCAUAUGUUGUUCUUGGGAACGGAGAAAUAUCCUCAGCAGAAUGAUUACACUAUGUAUUUGUCGCAGAAUGGCGGCGGGAGCAACGCAGCUACGUACUCGGAUCACACCACCUAUUACUUCGAUAUAACACCGGAGAAGUUGGAAGGCGGUUUAGAUCGUUUUUCGCAGUUUUUUAAAGCGCCUCUCUUUACGGAGGCCUUGACCGAACUGGAGCUAAAUGCUAUAAAUUCAGAACAUGAGAAAAAUGUAGCGAACGACACCUGGCGAUGUGAUCAAGUGGACAAAUCGUCUGCAAGCCCGGAUCAUCCGUUUUCCAAAUUCGGCACCGGCAAUAGAGAAACAUUAGACACAAUACCGAAACAACAGGGCAUUAACGUUAGAAAUAGGCUACUAGAAUUUCAUGAAAAGUAUUAUUCUGCGAAUGUUAUGUCAUUAUGUAUUCUCGGCAAAGAGAGUUUGGAUGAGCUCGAAAACAUGGUAUUAGAUCUCUUUAGUGAAAUAAAAAACAAGGAAAUUAAUGUUCCAAUAUGGCCUGAGCAUCCAUUCAAGGAUGAACACUUUCGCACGAUAUGGUAUAUUGUUCCGAUAAAAGACACAAGAAAUUUAGAUAUUACGUUUCCUUUACCUGACAUGCAGAAACAUUACCGAUCUUCGCCUGCGAAUUACGUUUCCCAUUUACUUGGACAUGAAGGAGAGGGUUCAUUAUUAUCGGCUUUAAAAGCUAGGAGUUGGUGUAAUUCCCUGGUAUCUUGGAAACGCCCUAGCAGCCGAGGUUUCGAAUUCUUCAGUGUUGUUGUAGAUCUAACUGAAGAAGGUAUUAAGCAUAUAGAAGAUAUUGUUCAACUGAUGUUUCAGUAUAUCAAUAUGCUCAAGAGAAAAGACCCGAUCAAAUGGAUCUAUGAUGAAUACAAAGAUAUUGCGAAUAUAAAUUUCCGUUUUAAGGAAAAGUUUCCGCCACGUUGUUACGUGACUUGUAUAGUCCAAAUGCUACAAGAAUAUCCCAUGAACGAUGUUUUGUGCGCGCAAACCGUUUUUCCUGAAUGGCGGCCGGACUUGAUCGAGGAAAUAAUGAAAUAUUUGGUGCCGGAGAAUAUCAGGAUUCAUGUGGUCGCAAAAGCAUAUGAAAAUAUAGCAGAUGAGACCGAAAAGUGGUAUGGCACUAAAUAUAAGAAAGUGAAGAUAUCCAAGGAAACAAUGGACAUGUGGAAACACGCUGGUUAUAAUAAUGACCUGAGAUUGCCUUCUAAGAAUGAAUUUAUAGCCUCUACAUUUGAUAUCAAGCCACACACUACGGUAGAAAAAUUCCCUAUUAUUUUGGAGGAUACAUCAUUGGUAAGACUGUGGUAUAAAAAGGACGAUGAAUUUAUUGUACCGAGAGCAAAGAUGAUCUUUGAUUUUGUUAGUCCAUACGCCUAUAUGGAUCCUCUUAGUUGCAAUUUGACUAAUAUGUUUGUUCAGCUAUUUCGUGAUUCUCUUAACGAAUACGCAUAUGAUGCUGAGCUAGCUGGUUUACAAUGGGAACUUAAUAAUUCGAAAUAUGGAAUAGCACUUGGUAUAAGUGGUUACGAUGACAAACAACGUGUGUUCCUGGAAAAAAUUAUGGAUCGAAUGAUAAAUUUCAAGAUUGAUCCAAAGAGAUUUGAAAUCCUAAAGGAAAAUUACAUCAGGAACUUGAAAAAUUUUGCUGCUGAACAACCUUAUCAGCAUGCAAUGUAUUAUAUUGCAGUCUUGUUGACGGAACAAGCUUGGCUCAAGGAUGAAUUGUUGGAUCAUACUCCUUAUCUAAGUGUUGAUAGACUCCAGUACUUCAUACGACGUCUUCUCAGUAAACUGCAUGUGGAAUGUUUGAUACAUGGUAACGUGACUGUAACGGAAGCUACAGAUAUACUUAAACUAAUUGAGUCUAAGUUGACAACUGGAAUACCUCACAUAGAAUCCUUGGUACAAAAGCAGUUAGUGUUAUAUCGGGAAAUUAAACUAGAUCAUGGUUGCCACUUCCUAUUUGAAGCAGAAAAUAAAUGGCAUAAGAGUUCUUGUACAACGGUGUACCAUCCAACUGGUUUACAAUCAACGGAGACAAAUAUGCUCUUAGAGCUGUUAGCACAAAUUAUUGCGGAACCUUGCUUCAAUAUUUUGAGAACUAAGGAGCAAUUAGGCUAUAUAGUACUUAGCGGUAUACGUCGAGCAAGCGGAACGCAAGGUUUGAGAAUCGUAGUACAAAGUGACAAACACCCGCAAUAUGUGGAAAAACGAAUCGAUUCAUUUCUAGAUUCUAUGUUGGAACAUAUAUCUACUAUGCCAGAAGAGCAAUUUGAGGAACACAAGAAAGCUCUGGCUACAAUACGUUUGGAGAAACCCAAAAUGUUAAGUUCACGGAGCACUUUAUAUUGGAAUGAGAUUGUAAGCCAACAAUAUAACUUCGAUCGAGUAAAUAUUGAAGUAGCUUACUUAAAGACGAUAACGCAGGAGCAAUUAUUUAACUUUUAUGAGGAAAAUGUACAUAAUAAAGGUCGACGUAAAUUGUCAGUACAUGUGAUAUCCACAACAACGGAUAACAAUUUACUUGAUGACACGUCAAGGAAAAUUGCUGACUUAUCGAUUGAUGAAGACGUUAAGAAAAUCAAUGACAUUGUGUCAUUUAAAAAGAGUCAACAUUUAUAUCCUCUACUAAAACCAUAUGAAAAAUAUUUUCUCACAAAAGGCAUACGAUCUUCUAAGUUAUAAAGACACAAUAAUAUAAUAGUGAAUCAAAUGAACGUAUUCAUUUAUUUGCUCAAUUUGGGAAGAAUUUUUAUUCUAAGUUUACAGAAUAUGAUUAAUUAUUUAUUAUUGUUUGUAAUUAAUAUUUUCAAAAUUUAGAAGGCAUUGGAUUUAGAAAUUCUUCAAUUUAUAAAUUAUGUGGCGCGUUUUAUGCAUAAUUAUUAGUCAUUUGAGAAAACAACGUAUUACUUUAUAGGAAUUAAUGAAUGUAACUAUUGCACCGGCCAAACGAUUUCCGUUUGAUCUGUCGACGUACAAUUUUAGACAAUCGUAAAAAAGAAAUUUGAAGAGAUGGAUCGCCAGUGAAUAAAGAACAAAUAAUAAGGAUGACGUCGACAAUUAACUGGCACAAUAUAUUUCGUUUAGUAAAAAUACAAUGUUUCUUCUACCGACUUCACACAAUAAUGGACGUCUUUCGGAAUUUUUAUCUACUCCAUAUGUGCAGAGUGAUUCGUUCCUUCAUGUAUUUUUUUAUAGCCACCAAUUUUUAAUAUGUCACCCAUUUUUUGCUGUCAUACUUAAUGGGUUGACUUUUGAUGAACGUUUAGCAUUUACCCACACAGCACGGGGAACUCCCGGGGAGUUCUUAAAACUGGUCAUAAGCUUCACUUGAACUUCAAACGAACUCGCACGGAGCCCCCUGAGAGCUCCUAUGUCCGCUUUUGAGAGCUCUCAAAAGCGGACAUAGGAGCCCGCGAGGAGCUUCAUUUAAGCUCGCAGGGAGUUCAGAAAACAUGUUUUAAAAACGCUCUGCGAGCUUAAAUAAAGCUCCCAGGGAGCUACGUGCGAGUUAGUUUAAAGUUCAAAUAAAGUUUAUGAAAAAUUUUAUUAGCUCCCCAGGAUUUCUCCGUGCUGUGUGGGCAUAGUCAUCAAAAAUAUAUUUAGGUCAUUAAAAGUUUAUCCAUGAUCCAGAUAACUCGCUGUCGGAUUAUAUCGGCUCGUCUCUUAUACUAAUAUGGAAGGAUUUUCUUACGAGAAAGACUAAAGUGCGGUCGCCAAUCGAAUUUUGUAAGCUUCCCGGGAGCUCAGCGAAAUGAACUCCCUGGAAGCUUGUUUUGUCGAAUUUUGUAAGCUUCCCAGGAGCUCAGCGAAAUGAACUCCCUGGAAUUUUGUUUUGUCGAAUUUUAUAAGCUCUUUGGAAGCUCAGCGAAAUGAACUUCCUAGGAGCUUAAUCGGAGCUUUGUGCUGUGUGAGAUACUGAUUAAAUAUUAUUUUUAGACUUG